UGAAUAGGGUGCUCACGGGGACCGGCCUGACCGAAAGCCCGAUUAAGGUGGGGGGACUGAUGAAAGACAACACUCGAGACGGACAGAAGACCCUACACCGACGAAGAAUGCGUGUGCGA